UGCGAUAAUAGCGGAAAAGAGCAGCUUUGAAGGACGUGAAGUGGAUUACGCUAGCGCUGCGGCAACAGCAAAGAAUUCAAAGUACCGCAUGAAGGCUAGCGUCACCAUCGGCGUCGUCAGUGUACGUUUGUGCGGACCCUCUGUAUGUGCAAAAAACUGUUUGCGAUUAAAUUGAAUAGCGCCGCAUCACGUGGUCCGCAUACUUGUCCGCCAGGAUCAAAAUAAGGACUCGCAGGGCGCCGCACGCUUCCAAACGCUUCCGCGAUGCCGCUGUUUGGGAAAAAAGAUUCCGGCAAAAAGGUGCGCAAGGACGCGAAAGAUGGCUGCGAGAAGCUGCCCAGCAUCGACGAAAAGUACGUCAUCAAGGAGCUGCUCGGGACGGGUGCGUUCUCGGAGGUGAGACUCUGCGAGCACAAGGAAACCGCCCAGCAGUACGCGGUGAAGAUUAUCGACAAAAAGGCGCUCAAAGGCAAGGAGGACUCGCUGGAAAACGAAAUUCGUGUCCUCAAGCGCUUCAGUGCCCGGCGCAGCGAUGGCACGGGCGUUGGGAUCGGGCCGCUGCCCGGCUCGGACAAACCACGCUUUGCACAUCCCAACAUUGUGCAGCUACUGGAAACGUUCGAGGACAAAUCGAAAGUUUACCUGAUCAUGGAACUGGUGACGGGCGGUGAACUGUUCGAUCGGAUAGUGGAGAAGGGCUCGUACACGGAGCGGGAUGCCUCCAAUCUCAUCCGACAGGUACUGGAGGCGGUGGACUACAUGCACGAGCAAGGCGUCGUUCACCGAGACCUGAAACCCGAAAAUCUGCUGUACUACAGCCCGGCCGAGGACAGCAAGAUCAUGAUCAGUGACUUUGGGCUCUCGAAGAUGGAGGAUUCCGGCUUCAUGGCGACGGCCUGCGGUACGCCGGGCUACGUGGCGCCCGAAGUGCUGGCGCAGAAACCGUACGGCAAGGCGGUGGACGUGUGGAGCAUAGGCGUCAUAUCGUACAUACUGCUGUGCGGUUACCCACCGUUCUACGACGAGAACGAUGCGAACCUGUUCGCCCAGAUACUGAAGGGCGAGUUUGAGUUCGAUUCCCCGUACUGGGACGAGAUUAGUGACUCGGCGAAAGACUUUAUCCGCAAUCUGAUGUGCGUUAACGUCGAGCGACGGUUCACGUGCAAGCAGGCUUUGGCGCAUCCCUGGAUUUCGGGCAACGCGGCCAGCAGCAAGAACAUUCACGGCACCGUUUCGGAGCAGCUGAAGAAGAACUUUGCCAAAUCGCGCUGGAAGCAGGCGUACCACGCGGCCACCGUCAUACGGCAGAUGCAACGAAUGGCGCUCAACAGCGGCACUGGCGGAGGUGUCGGAGCGUACGGGCGGAGUGCGUCACGGAUUAGCAAUGCGCCCGAUGCAGGGCCGGGGGGCACCGACGAGCAGCAGCAGUCAGUAGGACAAACAGACACCACUGCCUCUAGCAGUAAGUCAUGUCGGGUCGUGGUUGGUAGUGCGAACCAUCGUUCCUACCAGGCUAGCUUUUAAGAGCCGUUCAUUCCGUACCAGUUAGAGGGGUGGCGGUGUGUGGAGAAAAAUGUUAUUAAAAAACCACCUAUUCCUACAACAAACAGCUUAUCAGUUAACCCUAUCUCGUUGAUGUGGCUUCACACGCGGUACGUGAUGGAAACAAACGAAUAGUGAAACAAAAAUCACACAUAGUAAAACGGGAAAGAGCCUGUGCGUGGUGGAUAAAACACAUGAGCAAAUAUGAGAAUCAUACAACUUAACGCUAACGAAAUAAAGUAAUACGAUAAAUAUACACAAGACCAUUAUCUGAAUGUUUGUUGAGCUACUGAUUUCUAAUGUAAGCCUGCAAGUUAUCCCUUAAUAGCUGUUAAUCAAGAGUAGUAAACCAGACGAACAAAUCAACCAGGAAACUAGUAAACAAAUCGAAAUCAGCAGCAGCCACUGUGUACUGUAACAGUUCCAAGUAGAGAGUAUUUGUUAUUGAAUGGAUUUUUGAUUGUACUUGAUCAUGAUCUUGCUUUUGAAGAGUGUAAUAAAGUGAGUUGCAACAAGUGAUGGCAUAAGAACGAUGGGACGAGUGUAGCAGAGAACUGGCGGCGAUACUCUGCGUCUGCGCACUAGAUUUGUAUUUUACAUUAGUCGUGCUUUUUAAAAAUGGUGACUUACAUGGCUAUAAAACGGAACACAAUACAACAGUGUAAAGUGGAAAUUGUAGACCUACCUACGACAAACGAAAGACUUAAGAGGAGGGAGCGCGCGAAAGAACGAGCGAGGAAGCUAGGAAAGCUAGGAAAGAAUGAGCUUUUUAAAACAUAUACAACAUUUCAGUUUUAUAACCACCAUUCGUUCCACUGUAGGCGCUGUAAACGAAACGGUGGCCAUCAUAGGGUGAGAAGAGCCAAGUUUUAGCAUCCACACUUUGCUGUUGUGUGGCAAACUAUCGAUUAACAAACAUUCCAUUUCUGCUACUUCCAAUCGCGUAGUGUAGUAACGGUAGAAUAAACCACUCCCCACCAGUUACAUUCUUACCCUUUUAGGCGUUUUAUAUUUCGCUAUUCGCUAUUUGAACGACCGAUUUCAUACAGCUGCCAAUCCCUUGUCCAGCACUUGUCUUAUGUUGUUCACCCAUUCUAAUCUACAGCAACAUUUAGGGCAAGCAAAACACUACUCCGCCACCUUAUUAAGUUCCUACAUACACUCAAAUAGGGUUGUUUGUACAUGCUUGGCGAUGCCUCUCGUACUGGCGCUUAUCUUUUGUGUGACCCACACCCGGCAAGUUGGCAAAAACUAUGGUGGAGCAGCGCAUACAGCAAGGCCAUGCCGGCUCACCGGCUACCCGGUAUCAGCUAAUAUGCUUUGCAGUGCGAAACUGUAAGAGGAAUACAUAAAAACAAAAACCUCUUGUGCGGCCGGCGAUAGGAAGGGCAGUGUAACAUAAUCAGAGCUAAUCGCCGAUAGAGGUGACGGGUGGACCUUUGACGCGCGGUUGGUGCGGAUGUUUUUAAAAAUAACGCCAUUUGCCGCCGGAACCCAAAAGCCCGGGGCCCGGGUGAGCAUGAAAAGUAAACAACAUGAAUCUCUUCAAAUGUUCGACGGUGUUCCAGAGGAUUCGUAGACACACGGCGGCGCCGGGACACAGUAGGUUUAGUAGCGAGGACCGUGGAGAGCGCCUAAGAGCCGUGUUUUACAUUAGAGUUUGCAUUUUGCACACGUUCUCCGUGUGGCUGGGAAAAAUGUUGUACUAUAAACGAUCCGUCGUCUCUCAAUCGUCAUCCAUCGUCCAAAUGCGAGUUGAUUGUUGAUUUGUUUAAGAAAAAAAAACUAACAUACAUAUGUUAUAUACGCCGGGCGGACCACAGCGCGUCUGCCGGUGUUGAUCCACCCGAUACAGUAGAGCGAGCAGCAGUUUGGAGCUGGCAAGAAGGGAUCUAAUGAAACAAAACAUCUAUUAAAUAAAGAACUAACAUAGCAAAAGCGAGCAUCGUUGAUGUUAAAAGGGUGGCAGCAUAUGUGUACCUUUAAACUUAUGUAAAGCAAAAGCUGAAUAUAUUUAAACAUACAACACUAUUAAAAGCGGAAGCAGAAAGAAAACAAACUAAAAACACACAUUUAACGCUUGUGGGAUGCGGAGAGGUGGACAUUGUUUUUGUCUUAUACAUUUUACAAAUAGCCAAACAAACAGUGUUGACAGAGAGUUGCUUGUGGCGUGUGUGUGUGUGCGUGUGUGUGUGCGUGGGUGUAUGUGUGUACGAGAAAGUAACAAUGUCUCGGUUCAACUACACUGACUAAAAAAGGACCUACACAAAAGGCAUCAAAGUGGGGAGCCAGCGAGCGGAAGCUCAACGAUCGCGCGUUGCAGCAACAGGAAGCUGGCAAGGAAGGAGAAUUCAACUAAUACAAUAAUUUUAUUAUGUGGUCUAUGAAUGUGAUCUAUACUUAUAAAAAUGGGAAGAAAAAAAAGAAAAAGUAACAACAAAAACCUAGUACCAGAUAAGUAGGUGUUAUUUUUAAGGGCGGUAAUUAAAACACAAGGAGAACAAAACACGAAACAAACAAAUGCAAACAGAAAACAUUACAAAGAGAUAUUAAUUGAAGUACAUAGUGUAGCGCAAGCUCAGGCGGUAAAACGGGGGACAAAACAAGGAUACGAGUGUGCUAUGGUCACAGAACUUGAGGCAAGCAAAACUCAGAAAGAGAAACACACAAAACCACACACAGGCGCGCGUGUGCGCCAUCAGCAUUGUAUCACACAAUCAUCAUCAUCACGUUGCGCAACUUCGGACAGGUUAACACGCUGGAUCGAUCCGUUUUACUGACACCAUGGAUCGUGCGGAGAUCAACCGUGAGUGAAACAAGCGUCAAAACCCACCCACGGCAAACAAAACGCGAGACCUACGCGCAUAACAUUAACGAACAGUGUAAAGAAAGCGAAAUAACAAAAACAUAUUAAAAUAAUCUGGUUAUACGAGAUGCAGCUUGCUAAAUAGCAUUUAAUA